AUGCUAAUGGUCAAUGCAGCCCGCGUAAGUUAUCACUGCUGCCAAUACGUGUCUAAAUUACCCAUGUCUGAUAUGCGUUUCUAUAAAGUCAAGAACGAAACCUUGACCGGAGUCCAUGUAGACAGUGCGGGCAUAUGUGACCCUGGAAUUUUGGACUACAAUUGGGGCAUUGAUUCAAUGUUCUUGAUCUACUGGAAGAACAGGAAGCAUUUGGAUAGAAAUGGUUACUUCAUAGAUGGAGUCUCAAAGUUUGCACCGAGCGCGACCAACACCAUCUCGGUUACCUCUCUCCCACCAUCAGUCAGCUACUCUAGUGCACCUACUCCUACGCCUACGGGCUAUCUCAGCUUCGUCCGCCACGACGGUGUUAACAAAUGCUUUGCCUCGUUCGAGAACUACCAAGGUUGCACAGGGGUCGCCAUCAAACCCAUAGGAGAAUGGGAUGAGAAUGACAACUGCGUCAUGCGUAAGUUCUUACUAUUCUCCGAUUGUUGCACAACAAAGGAUCUAACAUAUUUCUCCGCAUCAGCUAAAAACUGGACUGCUAACCACUGGGGGAUUGCUAACGUUUGUCUCACAAUGUGGCUGAAUUGGAAAUGGGACUCCAAAGACCGGGCGGAAUUCGACUUCACGAAUAAGUGGGGAUACGGGGCCAUGCUCGAGGGAAUUUCGACCUGGAAGUCGGGCGUGCGGAACAGUAUUACCAUGUCCAUGACGAGCACACCCUCAUCUUAUAUCGUCGCUAUGUCUGCUACGCCAACCCCAUAG